GCUUGAGGAACCCUCCUUAGAACCACCUAUCCUAGCAGUUUCGGCGAAGGUAAAGACCUCCGAAGACCAGGCUCUGUAGUUUUGCAGCACUGCAUACCAUACACCAUCGAUUUCUUAGACCCGUUUCCAGUCCUUGACAUGUCCCUGCGCGAUUGUAGAGCAACAGCACAAGCUCUAUUUAGAGUUUUUGUCCGCCCGACAGCUACUUUACAACAGACGCCGCACCUUUGCAGGCCUCCAGCGCUUCCUCCUUCACACGCCCAAACGCGCCGUAUCAGUAUCUCACCAUGGGAGAAACAGAGAUAUGGACCGAAACGCUCAAACACAGCUGCAGCAUCACCAACAGCACACGUCGUUGAUGACCAAAUUGGAGUGCGGUAUAUCGAUUUGGUACGACCGGAUGGCUCAUUCGAGCGCGAAGUCGACCUCCCGAAACUUUUGCGAAAGACCGAACGUAUACAAGAGCAUGUCAUCCUACUGAAGCCAGCCGAUAAGAACAAUCUAGACUCCCUUCCUGUUUGUAAACUCGUGACCAAAACUGAGCUCAGAAAACUCCAACAUCGUGCGCAAGAGCUGGAGAAGUUGCGCAAGAAGCAAGAAAAAGCCAACAAAGGGAAAAUGCUGGAGAUAGGAUGGGGCACCGACAAUCACGAUCUAGUCAAUACCAAAAUGAAAUAUUUUAAAGAAUUCCUGUCUUCCGGAAAGAAAGUCGAGGUGGUACUUUUGAAGAAAGCGGGGAAGAAGGUCCCUGACCAUGAGUAUUGUCAACAUGUUCUUGACACGGUUCGAGCUACUGCUGCUGAGAUUGAGGGGACGAAGGAAUACAAGUCGCAGGAAGGAGCGCUUGGAAGGGAGCUCAUGCUGUUCUAUCAGGGACCGACAAAAGCGAUAAAAGCGAGCAAUGCCUCGAAUUAGCUGCACGGUAGCCCAGUACUUGUACAUCGGAAUAUGGAUGAGGAAAUAUGCCACAAAAUGUACAUGAGCCGUUCAUAAGUCGAAUAGUCAUUCCCCCUUCGACCCUGUAGGCAUGACGCGACUCGAUUCGUGUCGUAUUUUGUCGAGCGUUUCUUACUACCGAUCCACCAAUAAUUUAGCUCUCGCUGGUUGUAGAUCGCUUGCAUGCGACGCCAGUAGAAUUUUUAGUGCCUGUAGCUCAAUAACGAUCCGUCCUUGCUUCAAGAGAUCUUUCACAUCGACGUCGAGCAUCGACACCGCUAAACCGUAUCUCGACGUGUAUUCCAUCGCCUUCGCCAAAUUGACAGGCUCAACACAAGAUACCACUAGAUUCCCUCCCUGGGAAGGAUUCAGCG